AUGGGAAAGAAAACCCAGCAAAGUGGCGGGAAAAAUCAAGGCAAUGGAGGGCAUAAGGUGGAAGAGAAAAGUGAAGCAAAAAAUGAAGAAAAGAAAAAUAAUAAUAAUGGAAAUAAAGAGGUUGUGCUAAAAGUUUAUAUUCAUUGCGAAGGAUGUGCUAAGAAGGCGUUCAAUUGCUUAAGAGGGUUUGAAGGUGUUGAAGAAAUUGUAAUUGAAAAUGCAAACCACAAAGUGAUUGUGAAGGGUAAAAAUGUGGAUCCAAUGAAGGUUUUAGUGAGACUUCAAAAGAAGUAUAGUAGAAAUGUAGAAUUGAUUUCUCCUAAACCAAAAACAGAAGAUGUUAAAGAGAAAAAAGUGGAGCAAAAGAAAGAAGAGCCUAAGAUGAAAAUUAUAGUGCUCAAGAUGUACAUGCAUUGUGAAGGAUGUGCACUUGAUAUCAAGAGAAACAUAGUGAGGAUGGAAGGCAUUAUGAGUGUAGAACCAGAUAUGAAGAAGUCAAUAGUAGUCAUAAAAGGGAUAUUUGAUCCACCAAAAUUAGUACAAAAGAUUAGCAAGAGAUUGGGAAAGCAUGUAGAGAUUGUGAAGCAAGAGACUCAAGAUAAAGGAAAUGGCAAAAAUGAAGCUCAAAAGAAAGAAAAAAAAGAAGAAAAUGCGUUGGUUUAUCCUCCACAAUAUCAUAUAAAUUAUAUCGAUCCUUCAUUCAUAUUUAGCGAUGAAAAUGUAUUUUCUUGUUCAAUCAUGUAAAACAGUGUUUAAAACCA